AGCAAGAGAAGGCAGGUGUUGAAGAAAGGUCUAGAUUGCAAAGUGUCACACAAUGGGACGAAACAGAAGCGCCGCUUGAUACCAGAACAAGAUCGCAGAAUUUGCGGUAGCAUAUGCUUCUUCCAGUUCACCUUUGUCAUCAGUUGCGUGGCUUUGGUUUAUCUCGGCGUAGCGAUUUACGCGCCGUCCUACAGAGCUUUCCACAUCGGCAUCGAGCCGGAACCGGUGAUGUGCCAAACCGUUAACGCCACGAUGGUGAACAAUUGUGGUUGGGCAAGCUGCGGUGAAUGGUGCUUGACAAAGACCAGCGGUUUUUGUCCUCAGAUUCACGCGACUGUGAGGCGUAAUGGCACCGACGUAGUUUUCGAAAAUUGCACCAAGUUCAGCACGAUUUCAUGCCCUCAGGUGAACCUGGGCAAUAUGAAGAGGUACAAUUGCAACAACGGUAGCGAGUGCGGCAUGUUGACGGGGGUGUUCAACUGCAGCCUCGGGCAUUGCUCCAACAUGAGCGAGCUGAUGCUCUGCCACUACAAGGCGGACGGUGUCGUCAUCGACAGCGAGAAGGACAACAUGAAGCUGAACGGCUUCUUCAGCUGUCACAACUCCAGAUGCACGAAAAUCAAGAACGCCUUCAGUUGCGACCGAUAUUGCCCGAGCAUCUCCACGAGCGACAUCAACGUGUACCUAAUGCAGGACGACAGCAUUAUCUCCGCCAGAUGCUCCCGCGGGAUGGCCUUGAACAGGGCGAACGGUAGCCUGCCUGGCACUAGACUGGACGUGCCCGUCAAAAUCUGGGAUGAACUGAACGGCAGCAUCGUCACCAACUGUUUCGCUGUCAAGCGGAGCGGCAACGUCAUCAGCACGGAGGAUUGCGUGAACGGCACUUUGUUAAACGAGAUUACAGUUCCCCAACCAUCCAUUAAUUUCACGAGCUUCCUGAAAAUCUACGAGAAGAGCCUGCAGUACCCGGCGGAUCCUACAAACGCGUAUGUCCCGGCGCAGCAGUCACUGACGAUCUAUAACAGCUCACGGCUAUACAUCAAUCUCGAGCGUUGCGUCAACACAUUGAGGGGCGAGUGCAGACAAUUCCAGCUCACCCACGGUCGCGACGGCGACAAUCAGACCGCACAGAGUAGAUAUCCCUGCUAUUACAACAAGAACGACUCGUUCUUCGUGGUGGCGCGUUUCGACCUGAAGAAAACGCGAAUAGAGCUGCUGAUUGCCAUAAUCGUGCCGACUGGACUCUUCAUCAUCAGCGUGAUCACUCUGAUCAUCAUCUCGCGAUCGGUACAAGUGGGGGACGACGCGAAAAUGCGAUGUAGGUAUUGCGUCGACAGUCAAGAGGCCGAGGGCGAGGAUGAGGGUCUCGUCGAGGCGACUCCUUCCUCCGCCACUCCGAGUCAGGCCAAUGAAAACGAGAUGAGAAGUAUGGCUCUUUAGCAGUACAAGCCGCUUGGUAUGAGCGCUACGCUGGGUUAUGAAAGGCUACCAUUAAUCGAUAUGGAUGAGGAUUCCUUUUAAGGAGAAAAGAGCGAUAUAUGAAGAAUCAUCGUGUUGAAUAAAUCCAUUCCUCUAGCGGGGAAAAAAAUAGAUCUUGAAAGUAAAGCCCGAAUGAUGUUGGACACUCAGACGGACAUUAACAUCGUCUUCCGGAAAAUGAGGUAUAUAAUUAAACUCUUUAGUUAAUGUUUAAACAAUAGACAUUUAUGUGAUUGAUCGUUACGACAUCAAUACGACCUCAAUGCUUGAGAUGGAGUUAAAGUGAUCCCUGCCAGUGAAAGUAUCCCAUUCGGGGUCCAAGAUAAUUAUUACCUUUAACCAAAUAUAUUUAUACGCUCACUGUUGCCUUCGAUGUAUCGCUAUCACUUUGUUUACGCGCAAAACCAACGGAUUGACACCGAUAUCAAUUGCCGAUGCAUUAAGCAUUGAGAUUUUACCUCCAAAUAAUAUGUAUAAUAAGGAAACUUUCAUUAAAAUGUGUGUGUAAUAAAAUAUGUUUAAUGCCAUCCGUUGUUCGAACGAAUGAUAUUUAUAUUGAUGAAAAUUCGAUGGCGUUAAACAACAUUCUUUUCGUGCAAUAAGUACUGUGUAAAUAAAAUAACGAUGGAUAAUUCCUUAAUCAACGAAGACAACACGAAACAAGAGAAAUAGGUAAAUGCCGAAAUACAAGAUUUCAUUGCGUUCAUCAGCAUUGCAAGAAGUGACAUUUGUUUUUAUGCAAUAAAACCGCGACCUUUCCGUAAGCUGUAAAAUAAACAAGUUUUGUUCGAUGUACAAAAUAGAUGUAGAAUAAUGACGACUCAGCGCUCGCAUUACCAUUUCGGCCAUCAACGAAUGUGCAUUUAUAUUUUUUCUACAUCGGUUUACUGUGCUACUCUAUCGUUGGACACUGUAGUACUGUAAUUAGAUAUCGCCGAUAUCGCGAGUGGAAACGUUUGAUGCGAUUCCUUAUUGCUGAUACGCGAAUCCGAACAUUACAACUGCCUAUUCGUAAUUAGUUGUACAGUACAUUAUAUUUGUGAUGCGUAUUACGCGUAAGUAUCUGUAUCUUGCAUGUAAAUAUGGAUAUAUGUAUAAUAUACUUUUAACGAAACAUUUAUAUUCACGGUAAUCGAUACCGCCUCAAUUUGCGUGCCAGUUUCACGUGUAAUGUACGUGUGUGUGUGUGUGUGAAGUAAAUCAAAACAUAAUCCGUCAUAUGAUAAAUAUUUAAACCUGAUACAAAAAAUUGAGAAGUAAA